GUUCUCUGUACAGCUGAAGAUGGCGACAGAUUGAGGGGGGAUGGAAAACAGGAGACACCGGUCCAGGAUGAUCAGGAACGGGAAAAACGUUGCCCAUCAAAAAAGAAAGAGGAAAGCAGAGUGACUGUGUGUGCAGGGGAGAGCAGAGGCAGGCAGGAGAGAGGCGAGGCGGCCCGGCAGGAUGAGGAUGAGGAGGGCCAAGCGCUGAGUGUGGGGUGAAGGAGUAUGCUUCUGCCUGGCUCCGCUCUGGGCUGAGGGGCUCGCUGCAUGGACUGGCACUGGCGAACAGCAGCCUGGACAUGUUGAGGACCGUGGCGCUGAUUUUUCCUCCCGCAGCAACAUGCAAUGGCUGGUGGUAGCAUUUAGCAGCCCAGAAGGAGGUGGAGGUGGUGGAGGAGGGGAAGGCACUUCCUUGUUUCUAGCCAUGAGAAUGAUGCCCAUCACCACACCAUGCUUCAGAGGAGGUAGGUGACAUUGUUGGGGGGAGUCUAAGUGGAGAGGAGCCAAGAGAACCGCACCGGAGACCGCAGUAGCCCCCCCACUCAGCCCCUAAAAUAUGAUCAGGGGGGCUUGGAUGUAUCCAAGAGAAGAUGACGCUGUGUUAAAAAUUUGUUGUGCACCAAGACAAAACGACAAACCCUGCGCUGAUUCCGAGAGGGCACAGAAAUGGCGAAUGUCUCUGGCAUCCCUUCUAUUUUUCACUGUCCUCCUCUCUGAUCAUCUGUGGCUCUGUGCUGGAGCCAAGCUCAGAUCCAAGGAUAGGAGCUUAGCCAUGCAGACGCCUUGGGGGGACGCAAGCCAGCGCGCCUUCCAGCCACAUUUCCUACUGACAGGGGAUCAACAGUCACAGGAGGGGAGGUGUGAGAUUUUUUUAAGCAAUUUGACCAAAUUUGCUGCUCCGAUCCCACAUUGCACUGGUGCCCGGGGUCAUUUCGAUCUGGACUCAGCAGACACCGCUUGCCGAGAGAGUGCUAAUGGGUUCCCCCCCUCUUCCUCUUCAUCAGCCUCUUUUUUUUCCUCUUCCUCCUCCAAAAUAAACUUCUUAAAGGCUUAUUUUAGGAACUUCAACCUCUCUUUUUGUGAUACUUACACGAUCUGGGACCUGCUGCUGGGCAUGGCCGGCCCAGAUAGCUUGGAUUGCAGUUUGGACAACCUGAUGGUGGAUUUCGUGGCUGCUGCAGCCGGUGCUCUGGACGGGGAGGCGUGUAGCAGCUGCGUCCAGGCUUAUCAGAGGCUGGACCAACACGCUCAGGAAAAAUAUGAGGAGUUUGACCUCUUGCUGGAGAAAUACUUGCAAUCAGAAGAGUAUUCAGUUAGAUCCUGCAUAAGAGACUGCAAGGCUGUCUACAAGGCUUGGCUGUGCUCCGAGUAUUUCAAUGUGACACAACAACAGUGCCGACAACGGAUUCCAUGCAAGCAAUACUGCCUGGAGGUGCAGACCAGGUGCCCCUUUGUGUUACCUGACAAUGAUGAGCUGAUCUAUGGAGGGUUACCUGGUUUCAUCUGUACGGGGUUGCUAGAGAACCAGUUAUCCAACGAGGAAGCAAAGUGCUGCGAUGUGCAAUGGGACACUUGUGACCACCCACCAGACAGCAACUACAAUACAUCACCCAAAUCCACAGCAUCGGAGUCAUUCCAUUCCCACCGUCAUGACCCUCACCUUCAUCACCAGCACCACUAUCACCUUUACCACCACCACCACCACCACCACCAGUACCACCAACCCCACCCACCAUCUUUGCUGCCUGUCUCCGCAGGGUCUCGCCUCAGCAACAGCAAAAUCAGACUGUGCGUCCUGGUCCUUAUGCUUCUCCACACCAUGGUGUCCUUCUCAAGCGUGCACAGCAGUGAGGGGACUGCCAGCAGGGGGUUGAGCUUGGAGGCCCUGCCUGCCAUGGAUGAGAGCAUAACAAGAGAUGAGUGACCCAGAGGAGAAAGGAAAUGUCCAAGCAGAGUGCCGGCUCUUUUCCCGCCAAGGGGGGCACACACUAUUCCUCCAAUGGGAGGCACAGGAUUGGGGGUGAUGCACACACUCACCCCUACCGACACCCCCAAGAGCUGCUCGCCACGGGGCAUCCCCGUGAUGAAGAGUCUUUAAUGCACACAGGGCUGCAGGACUCAGCUUUGAGAAGGGUUUGGUUAUCAACAGCCUUUCAGCAGUGUACAUCCUGCCUGGUAGAGGUUCUCGGAGCUAGCGCAAAGAGGUACAGGAAAGGGGAGAGGGACUGGAAUGGGAGAGCGUCCUUUGAAAGAAUUGCCACUGGAAAUGCCACUAUUGUCCCUGCCACCUAUAAGGUGUCUCAUGUGGUGCCAUAUUUUUUCUACCAAUUGGAUGAUUUGGUGCAAUGUGUUGAAGAACUGAGUUUACCCAUUAUU